AUGGACGCAAUCAAUAAGUUCUAUUCAUCCGUAUCACAAACGGUGUCCACCCUAUCGUCGGUGUUCCUGGGCAACCCACUAACGAAAGAGUAUGAUAUCGCCGAGCAUAUUGGUUCUGCGGGGACAGAAUUUGUCUGGAAAAUUUACACUGGCUGCAAACGGUCGACCAAGGAACCGGCCGCUAUCUUCGUGUUCGACAAGAAGCAACUGGAACUGUUCACCAAAGAUGAGCGUGAAGAGAUUUGCGAAAACGUGCGCCGUGGUGUGGUGCAGUUGACAAAGAUUCGUCACCCGCAGGUGUUGACCGUCCAGCACGCAAUGGAAGAAAGUCGCGAUACGAUCGCGUUCGCCACGGAACCGGUCGUCGCCAGCUUGGCCAAUCUGCUGGGCAACACAACGAAUGUGGCCAACACCGGUUUGCUGGCGGAGUACAAGCUAUCCGAGUUCGAGACGCGGUUCGGUGUGUACGAGCUGCUGAAGGGGGUACGAUUUCUGCACGACGAGGCGCAGCUGUUACAUCGGAACCUCUGCACGGAAAACAUCAUCGUCAACAGGCAGGGCGUUUGGAAGCUAUUCGGUUUUGGGUACUGCUGGAAUAAGCGACCACCGGCAGUACCCGUGGCCAACCAUCACUUCAAAACACGCCUGCUGGGCAACCCGGCCUCUCGCUGGACGGCCCCGGAGCUAGUGUUGGAGAACAGUUGCAACGAAGCGACAGAUAUUUAUUCACUAGGAGUACUUAUCUACACGAUUCACAGUCGUGAGAACAUUCCCACUCCGGACGCGGCAACCGACCUCUACGGUUAUAAGCAGUCCGUCACGAAGCUGAGCAACCAAGGCCCUGCCCGGAUCGGUGCGGUACCGGAAGCACUGCGGGCCGAUCUAAAGAAGAUGCUCAGCGUAAACCCACAAGCACGUCCCACUAUUCAGUCACUACUUCAGAUUUCAUACUUCUGCGACACGUACGUGCAGUGUCUCGACAGCCUGGAAACGCUCUUUCCGAAGGAUAAUCUAGAAAAGUCGGAAUUCUACAAACGACUCUCGCAGAUCAUCGGUGAAUUCCCACAUCGGGUGCGGUUGCACCGUGUCCUGCCGUCGUUGGUGAAAGAGUUUGUCAACUGCUCGAUGAUUCCGUUCGUUCUGACGAACAUUCUCACAAUCACCGGAAGUUGUACGCGAAGCGAGUAUAUGCAACACAUCAGCGCUCAUCUGCGGCCAGUCAUGCUGCUAGAAGAACCGGUACAAAUUAUGCUGAUCUUUUUCCAAAAUCUGGACGUUUUACUGAAAGUAUGUCCAACGGAAGAGGUUCGCGCGAGUAUACUGCCGCUCGUAUAUAAGGCACUCGAAGCCAAGUCACAACAAAUCCAAGAGCUGUGCCUCUCGAUCAUUCCAUCGAUCGUGGUUCAUCUAGAUAAGGCCACGAUCAAAGGUGGGCUGGUGCCGCGCGUCAAAGCGCUCUGCUCCGGAACGAACCUUGUGUCGGUGAGGGUGAAGUGUUUACUGUGUCUCGGGCAAUUUGCAACGAAAAUCGACAAGUGGGUGAUGAUAGACGACAUCGUUGCCUACCUUCCGUCCGUUAACUGCCGUGAACCGGCUGUAAUUAUGGCCAUUGUUGGUGUUUAUAAAAUAUCGUUCGUCACCGAGGGGCUCGGCAUUCCGAAAGAUGUACUGGCGUGCAAAGUGUUGCCACAUCUGUUCCCCAUGACAAUCGUAAACGGGCUUACGGUGCAACAGUUUCAAGCCAUUAUUUCGCUGAUAAAAGAGUUUACACGCAAAAUUGAAGAAGAGCAAGGUGAAAAGCUGGGCAGUAAGGUGGUCCCGUCUGGCAGUGGGAAUAGUUUGUCAGAAAAGCUGCCCACAUCCGACGUGCGAAGUUCUUUUGCCGGGUUGCAGCUAGACGGUGGCUCCGAUCCUUAUGGAGAUUUCAUGCAAUCGUCCUCGGUGACGGCUCAGCCAAAAUCUGGCACGGAACAGCGAACGCUUUCCUCUCCGUUUCAACCACAAUUCCCGCCAGUGCAAUCGCCUCAACUUACGGGUACUCUUAACUGGAACGUACCUCCGGUGGCGACGACGGCAAAGGAAAACAGCAACAAGUAUAACAGCAUGCAACAGCAAAAUACUACGAUGCAAAACCCUAGAAAACCGGAAACGGCAAUACCAUUCGGUCAGCAGCCAAUGCUUCCAGCCGCGACCGGAAGUGCGUCGGCGAUGGUUCCGCACAGCUGGAUGACCAACAGUGCGCCACUCUCGGUUAAGCCGACGGGUAUGAAGUCACCGGAGGCAACCUCACCUUACGGCCAGUUGCAACCCCUAAUUCCCCUGCCUACUAAGUCGAGUCAGAGUUCGUCCAAGUCCAGCGUCACAAGCCCGAUGCUUUCGAAAGAGGACAUCAUGGAGUUUUUGACGAAAUAAGAAUUACGAGAGUAGUUGUUACUCUGC